GAAUAUAUAGUGUGAAUACAAAAAGAUUUUUUUGGUUUUACUUUAAUAUAUCUUUAUAGAUAUUUUUCUACCAAAAACAAUAACUGACUACCUAAAACAUUGACUAAAAUGUUAAAGUUUGCUGCCAUUUCUUGUGGUCCAUGUGCAGCUCAAUGCUGCUGUCACUUUGCUGCUACAGUGCAGUCAUGUUGCAGCUAAAGUUUGCUGCCAUUUCUUGUGGUCCAUGUGCAGCUCAAUGCUGCUGUCACUUUGCUGCUACAGUGCAGUCAUGUUGCAGCUCUCGCUUCAUUGCAUUUUCAGCUUUCAUGCCAUAGCACAAAUAGUUAUUGCCAUCUUGACUUCUGCAGAGAAGAUUUCAAAGCAGGAUAGCAAGAGGAAAAGAAAUUUUCCGAAUUGAAGCGUGGUUUCAUUGAACCUACCGACAAACUUUAUUUGUUGGAGGACUUCUCAGUCAGAUUACUUAAGUUUGUCGGUAAGAAACUUUAUUUGUUGGAGGACUUUUUUCUAACUCCUUAUAUGUCUAUUUUAUUAUUAUACAUCAUUUUCACCACAAUUUCCUUCUCUCUCCUCCUGUUGUAUGUAUAUUAGAAUUGUUUAAUUUUUUUGUCUUGAUGAAUAUAUAGAAAACCUGUAAGGGCUCGUACUUGACUAUUUUCAUACUUUUUUUAUAUAUACUUUAGGCUUUUAAUAAAUAAAAUGUCAAAAUAUUUUUAAGUUUUAUCGUAGAAGCUCUUUCUUUAUUUUUAGGUUUUUUAUAGGUGCUCUUAUUUAUUGCUUAUGCUUAUGUGGUUCGUUUAAAACCCAUUUUGUACUUUUCAAAUUGGUUAUUCAAGUUGAUACAUAUAGUUAUAUGUACUACAAUUUAUAAUGUCACUUUGAAUAUAAUACUAUAUAUGCUAAACACAUUAUGUAAUGUGCCACUUUGAUUUGAACUCAUCGUUCAUCAUUUAUAAAGUAUUUCUAUAAUAUUUGAUCUCAAAUUUUAUUAAAAAAAAGUAAUUCCAAAUUAUUUGGCUCAAUUCCUUCAAUCUUAUUGUUCUCCCUUUCUUCCCUUGCCUUCGAAAUUAGUAUGUUUUUCUCCUAUUUUACAUUAUUGAAUAGCAUUUGCAUAUUCCAUCUCCUAAUGUUGCUCACGACAUUUACUUCUGAUCCUUUUUUUUUUUUUUUUAUCCAAACUUUAUUUAAAAUUGAUAUUUUGAUUUAUCACGAUGAGUUCUGUGUCAGUUCAAAAUGAAAAUUUCAUUUAUUGGCAACAAAGUUUACAUGGCACUCGUUUGUGAUUUGUGGUAUCUUUCUGGCGCUUAAGUUACUAUUUGUUAUAGAAUUGGAUUUAAAGGUAUCCAUUUGACAAACCUAUUCUAUUUAAUAAGAAUUUGAUAAACACAUAAUAAAAUAUUAAUUAACUACAAUAUUAAAAAUCCAAAUACAAUAAUGUAUUAAUUAAUACAGUACAUUGGAUUUGAAUUUGGAUUAAUUUGAGUUAAUUGGGCUUCAAACUCCUAAGUUUUCUUUAACCUUAUGAGGGGAAUGGAGGGGAGAGGAGGGGAGAAGAAGAUUUUUUUAUCAAUCAUAUUACAAUACAUAUUUUAAAAAUAUUAUAAUUUGAUUGGUUAAAAAAGUUUGCUCUCCAUUUCUCUCAACCGAAACAUAUUAUAAGAGAAGCCCAUUGGGUACUUAUUUCAGAUUUUGGGUAUUUUAAAGGGAUUUGUUAAAGAUUUUAAAGAUAUUUAUUGAAGAUUCUAAAAGAUCCAUCAGGGAUUUAUUAGAGAUUUUUAAGGCCAUUUAAGUAUUUAUUUGAGAUUUGUAGAAGAUUUUAACAAUUGGUAUAAUAUAGUAAGAAUUAAGAUAGGAUAGAUUGUAUUUAAGAUAUUUUAAUAUACUGGAUUUAUUUCGAUAUAUUGUUCACCCUAAAGCCCAUAUAAAUGCUGUUGCUACGCAUGUAACUCUCAAUAUCUCCCCCAAAAUAUAAUAAAAUGUCUUCCUUCCAAUUCUCUCCUUGCUUUUCAUACUUUAAAUCUUCAUAUAGUAAAUGUAAUUGAAACAACAUUAUUUGUGCAAUGCACAGUAUUCUAU